AUGCACUCUACCAAUAACACACAGUUCCACCCUUUCUCCUUCCUACUGCUGGGUAUUCCUGGACUAGAAGCUUUCCACACCUGGAUUGGUUUCCCAUUCUGCCUUGUGUAUUUAAUUGCACUUGCAGGGAAUAUCACUAUUCUCUUUGUGAUUAAGACAGAAAAGACACUCCACCAACCCAUGUUCUACUUCCUGGCCAUGUUAUCCACAAUUGACUUGGGCUUGUCCACAGCCACCAUCCCCAAGAUGCUGGGUAUCUUCUGGUUUAAGUUGAGAGAAAUUAGCUUUGGGGCCUGUCUUAGUCAGAUGUUCUUCAUUCACAACUUUACUGGCAUGGAAUCAAUUGUGCUAGUAUCCAUGGCCUAUGACAGAUACGUGGCUAUUUGUAACCCCCUUCAUUACAGCUCUGUCCUCACCAACAGAGUGGUUGCCAUGAUGGGCCUCGGGGUUUUAGUGAGGUCUUUCCUCACAGUGAUUCCCUUUGUGUUCCUUAUUCUUCGGCUACCAUUUUGUGGGAACCAUAUCAUUCCCCACACCUACUGUGAACACAUGGGCCUUGCUCGAUUGGCUUGUGCCAGCAUCAAAGUUAAUAUUAUCUAUGGACUGGGCACUAUUUGUAUCCUUUUUUUGGAUAUCAUGGCCAUUGCUUUUUCCUACAUACAAAUCCUACAAGCUGUCUUCCGUCUCCCCUCCCAGGAUGCCCGCCUCAAGGCCCUCAGCACUUGUGGAUCCCAUGUCUGUGUCAUCCUGGCCUUUUAUACCCCUGCUUUAUUCUCCUUCAUGACCCAUCGCUUUGGUAAGAAAGUACCUCAAUACAUUCAUAUCCUUCUGGCCAAUCUGUAUGUGGUGAUCCCACCUGCUCUCAAUCCUGUCAUCUAUGGAGUCAGAACCAAGCAAAUCCAAGAGAAGGUACUGAGAAUGUUUUCUCAGAAAUGA